AUGCUUACCCGGGUCAAGUCCGCCGUGGCCGGAUUCAUGGGUGGAAUCAUGGCCGGGGGCAGCUCCGGGGGUGGGGGCAACCCCGGUUCCGAGCUGCCGCUGAAAUUCCCAUAUAUGAGACCUGAGUUCCUUGGCCUUUCCACGGAUGAGAUUGAGUGCUCCGCGGACCACAUAGCCCGGCCCAUUCUCAUCCUGAAAGAAACUAGGAGAUUACCGUGGGCCACUGGAUAUGCUGAGGUGAUUAACGCUGGUAAGAGCGCGUUGAAUGAGGACCAGGCAUGCUGUGAAGUGGUAGUGGCCAGAAGGAGGCCAAUGAGCUACUGCCCUCCCUCCACUCCCAACAGGACUCCCACCGCCAAGAGACGCAACUCCCUGCCCAAUGGAGAGGGCCUCGGGCUCCGCAUAGAGCAAAGCAAGGUAGGAGAGGACAGUGAAGGACUGGUAUUCCACUACUGGGCCUUGUUUGAUGGUCACGCUGGUUCAGGUGCAGCAGUUGUUGCCUCCCGCCUGCUCCAGCACCACAUUGCCUGCCAGCUCCAGGCCGUGAUCGAGAUCUUGCGCAACCUGGCCUCCCCACCUCCCACUGUGCUGGGGGAAGAGCCCGACAACAACCCAUACCUCCAGGGAAACACCCCAGGCCCUCACCGUGCCCUGACCCGGGCUGCUUCGCUGCGUGGGGCCGUAGGUGCGCCUGGUUCCCCAUGCAGCACCCCACCACCACCUCGCUUCUUCACAGAGAAGAAGAUCCAGCAAGAGAGCCUGGUUAUAGGAGCCAUUGAGAACGCCUUCAAAGAGAUGGAUGCACAGAUUGAGAGGGACAAGCAAGUUUACAACAUCACAGGUGGAUGUACGGCUCUCACUGUGGUUUACCUGCUAGGAAAACUAUACGUUGGAAAUGCAGGUGACAGUAGGGCUAUCAUUAUUAAAAACAAUGAGAUCGUUGCCAUGUCAACAGAGUUCACGCCAGAAUCAGAGCGACAGCGACUCCAGUUCCUGGGUUUCAUGCAGCCUCACCUGUUAGGAAAUGAGUUCACGCACCUGGAAUUUCCCCGGAAAGUUCAGAGGAAGGAGGUAGGCAAGAGAAUGCUCUACCGAGACUUCACCAUGAAAGGGUGGGCGUACAAGACCAUUGAAGAUGACGAUCUUAAGUUUCCACUAAUAUAUGGUGAAGGGAAAAAGGCUCGGGUGUUGGCCACUAUAGGUGUGACCCGUGGGCUCGGUGACCAUGACCUCAAAGUUCACGACUCCAACAUCUACAUCAAGCCGUUCCUUUCCUGUUGCCCUGAGGUGAAGGUGUAUAACCUGACACAGUAUGAGCACGGAGCUGAUGAUGUUCUGGUGAUGGGAACGGAUGGGCUCUGGGACGUCCUCUCCAACCAAGAAGUAGCUGAGGCAGUCACUACUUUUCUAGCCAACUGUGACCCUGAUGACCUGUACAGGUACACAAUGGCAGCACAGGACCUGGUGAUGCGAGCCCGUGGCGUGCUGAGGGACAGAGGCUGGAGGAUCACCAACGAGCGUCUGGGCUCCGGAGACGAUAUCUCUGUCUUCAUCAUACCGUUGAUUUACGGCAAUCGUCAGCCCUGAGGAGCCUGACAGAGAUGCUGCUGUUCAAGGACCCUGAAGGGCCUGUAGGUUUUAAACCAACAGGACUGGUUAGUCCUGAACUCAGAAUCCCCUUUCAGUUUCCUCAGUUUCGUUUGCACUUUUAUUUUCUUCCUUAGACCAAGGUCAGAUGGAAAAUGUAGAUUUGUUUGUGCUUAAUUUCGCUAUGGGAGUUCAGGAUUGGUCCGCCACCAAUUUUGCUGCUCAGGGGAAUUACAGUUGUUAGUUUGAUUUUUUUUAAAGUCAGAAAUUUCUUAGACACAUGGUAAUUUAAUUUGCAUCAUGAAUCACAAGUUAUCAAGGAAUGUAGCGAGUGGCAGCAGUUCUAUAGAAUGGUGGAGGUGACUGUUCCUGAACUUCUGCAGAGAUGUGAAAGCUAAAAUAGGCGAAUGCUCUUCCAAAGUGAAGAACAAACCUCUUUCUUUCUUCCCUUCUCCUUACCUCUCUUAUAAUGCUUUACUAUACGUGGCUCCUCCUUUUUCUACCCUCUCUUAUAGUCCCCUCUUAUUCCCUUAUACUGUACAGUCAAACUUGUUUAUUAAAAAAUAUAUACCUCCUUCAUCUCCUGACCAUGGACGGAGCUGACAGGUCAGCUGUAUAUUCCGUUUUGCCACAGUGUGGCUUUGAAGGAUUAUUUUGCUGGAGAACUACUUCCAGUUAACUGAACAGAUUACAGAGCUGACAAUGUGGAUGCAGAAGAAAAAAGAUGAAGACUUGAACUUAUCCACCUCAUAGUAGCAAGAUUGAUAAGGAAACUGUUAAACUGUUGGGAUAGAAAAACUCAUAAGAGGAUCUGAGUCUAUAUGGAUCAACAGAAGGGGCUUAGUUGAUAUGGUUUAUGAACAAAGUUUGAUGUGAAAAUUGCUCAUUAAUUUAACAUGUGCACGGAAAGACAAUAUUCACUGUUACAAGUCACUUAAUCUGAUAAUAAGGCCAAAAAUUUAAAUAGGUUUCAGCAUCAUGAGUUUGGUUGCACUUAAUUGGUGAUUAGCAGCAUAGUUAUGGUGUUUUAACUUGAUCAAUGUCUCAUGAACUGACAUAAAAGAUUGGUUUAACAUUUUUUGGGAAAUGCCUGUAUUUGCUUUU